AUGUCAUCCACUAAACAAGUCAUAAUCGUUGGUGGGUCUUAUGCUGCGAUAUUGGCAUUAAAGACAUUGCUAGCAGCCACGAAGGCGGUCAAAUUAGAUAUCACCGUAGUCGCGCCAAACGAAAAGGCAUUCUUCAACAUAUGCGUUCCACGGUUAUUGAUUGAGAAUGUCUCAAUUGAGAAAAUUGCGUUUCCUCUUGGUGAAUCGAUAAAUAAUUUGGUCCAAGGAACAAUUCAUAGAGCUAUACACAUACAACUGAGUGUGACGCAAGUUGAUUUCAAUAAGAAAAGUGUGACAAUUGCCGAUGGAUCUGAGUUGACCUAUGACAAUUUGAUUCUUGCUUCAGGUGCUAGGUCAGUUUCGCCAAUUUGGAAACUUGAUUCAAUCAAAGAUAUUGAUUACACUUUGGACUCAAUUAAAGAGGCCAGUGCCCAGAUCAAAAAUGCAAAGUCAAUUGCUAUAAUUGGUGGUGGAACUACUGGUGUUGAAACAGCUGGUGAAUUGGGACAUGAAUUCAAGGGUGGAAAAGAGAUUGUGUUGUAUACGGGUUCACUGGGACCAUUAUCCAAGGUAUUGCCCAAUCAUGUCUCCUCCGUUACUGACAAGUUGAAGAAACUCAACAUUGAGAUUGUCAAUAACCAGCUCGUUAAGAAACAGGGCAAGUCUACAAUUGCUCUUGAAGAUGGUACCACUCGUGACUUUGAUGUCAUUCUUGAAGCAUAUAAAUUAUUACCUAAUACUGAAUAUUUACCACAAGAAGUGUUGGACAAGCGAAGCUAUGUGAUAACUGAUGAAUUUUUCCGGUUGCGUGACCAUCACGAGGUUAUAUGUCUUGGUGAUAUACUUGCUUUAGGACAGCAGUCGCUAGUUGAUUUGACGUACAACCAAAAGCCAGUAUUCACCAAGACAGUUUCUUGCGAGGUAUUUGGAGAUUCGAGUGUCAAAUUGGCUCCAUAUGUGAAACCAACAAAGGCUACUGUUUUAGUGCCUAUUGGUAGAGAUGGUGGUGUUGGGGCUGUUUUCGGGUUUUCUAUCCCAAGCUUUGUGGUUUGGUUAGCAAAGUCUAGAAAUUUCGUGAUUCCUAAAGCGCCGGGAUUCUUUACAUAG